AUGGAGUCCAAGUUGCAUGAUGAUUUUAAUACUUCGAGGCCAUGGAUUAUUAGUUCAUCUGGAAAUGAUGUCUAUGAGGUGCAUUCACAUUCAUCUGUUUCAGUUGACAUUAGUAGACGAAUAUGUUCUUGUGGCGAGUGGCAGGUGAAAAGGUUUCCAUUUGCGCAUGCAGUUGGUGCUAUACAAAAGAGUGGACAUUAUUUGAGUUUAUUUGUUGAUCAAUACUUCUAUGUUCAAAGUUAUCGAGAGUCCUAUUCUUUUCCCAUAUAUCCUGUUCCUUCAAUUUGGAAACCAGAUUGUAAUGUUGAUGGUGAUAGUGAAGUUGUUCUUCCUCCUUUGUCUAAGAAGCAAUUAGGAACGCCAAAUAAGAAGAGGAUUCAUUCGAAUGGUGAGAAAGUAAGGCAAAUUACUUAUAGUAGAUGUGGGAAGGUUGGCAAUCACAAUAAGAAAUCGUGUAAGGAGGCUUUGUGA